CCCUUUCCCUGACCACACCCUUCUGGAACACGCAUGCAGCGUCAGACGGAACUCUGAACCGCUAAUAGAGAGACACAGACACCAGCACGUGCAGCUUCUGGAACCAGCACACCCUGCUCUAAGCUCUCUUUCUCCACUUACAGCCAUCAUGUCUGACAAACCCAAUAUGAGGGAAAUCUCCAGCUUUGAUAAGACCAAGCUGAAGAAGACGGAGACCAGAGUGAAGAACCCAUUGCCAACCAAAGAAACAAUCGAUCAAGAGAGGAAGCGAGAGCCAUCGCCUUGACCAGAGGAAGAGAAGAGUUUCAGACAAGCUACUUUAAUAUGAUUAUCUGACCUAUGUCUGCCAAGAACCAACACUAUAACAGGACCUUGACUUUUAUCACACUGGUGCUAAAAAAAUAUCUGAUGUGGAAAGAUCUGAUGUGAUUGGUCAAAAGAAAAGAUCAGUAUUGGGCUGCCUGUGUAAACACCGCCUUAGUCCGAGUAAUAAAGGCGACACUGAGAAAAAA